AUGGAGGAUAAUGCAGAGCUCAACGCUUUUCGGCGCCAGUGGCGUGAAGAAGUAUCUCGUCGAAAUAAAUCCUCUUCUUCCUCCAAGCAGGAUCACUCGUCUUCGCACUUGGCGGGGUCGCACUUGGAUAAGUUGCCUCCCACUCGGCACGACGCAGCUGAUCGCAACGAGGAGAUCGAAGAGGAUCUGGGCCGCGACUAUGACGAGAUUGUGCAACGAACAGAGCAGCAACUGACUUUGCGGACAGCUGAUGACGAGGAUACCUUUCAGCGCAUUCCACAGAAAGAGCCCCGCUCGGCAUUGGAGCAUUUUGAAAAGGCCGUUGAAAAAGAGGCUGAAGGCAGUUUAGGUGAUAGCCUUGCUCAUUAUCGCAAGGCCUACAGGCUGGACGCGGCCAUCGAUAAAACAUAUAGAAACAAGCAUUUCCCGGGGAAACCAGUCCAGACGCAGUCUGACAAGGCUCCAGAGCCAACAGAAAAUAAAACAGAAGAGGUUGAACUGCUGCCAACGCCAGAAUUAAUCGCAUCGUUCGCCGGUCUUCCCAUACCCCAGGCCGAGCCAUUCAUCAAGGGGACGCCUCCACCGCCAUGCCCUAUUGCCAACGUUCCAAACGAUGUCCUCAUCGAGAUUCUCCGGCACAUCGCAGUGAUGGAUCCUGCAUGCUUUUCUCGCAUGGCUUUGGUUUGCAAACGCUUCGCUUUUCAUUUUGCCUAUGAACAGCAUAUCUGGAAGAGAUUAUGCCAGGGACAAGAAUUUGGCUUUGAGGGCAUGCACUACUCGUUUGCGUGUGACUUGCUCGGCAACCCUUAUCACAAUCUAACUCCGCGAUAUACGCCGUUUCCGCGUGGACGUCCAGUACAGGUACCCGAUCCGCUUUCCACUUGGAGCCAGGUGUUUCAGCGCUUCCCACGUAUCAGGUUUACCGGAAUUUAUAUCAACACAGUCAACUAUACCCGCCCUGGAGGGGCUUCAUCUUUUUCCACGGCGGCAUGGAACUCGCCUAUCCAUAUUGUCACAUAUUACCGCUACCUCCGCUUCUUCCCGGAUGGAUCGAUAAUUACUCUCGUUACUACGACGGAGCCCCCAGAUGUCGUACCUUAUAUCAACAAAGAAAACGUGGCCGCUGCUCAACCAGGCCCUCGGCAACCUCCGCGAAAAAGGCCGGAACUUCCUUCAGAGGCAUCUGCAGAUGGACCUCCAGUUCCAGCAGUGGCCAUGAAUGCUUUACACAAGGCCCAUCGCGGUCAUUGGCACCUCGCGGCUCCUGUCGCCCAAGACUCUGACGAGUCUGACUCACGGACUGAUUUGGUGGCGUCUAUCGUUCAGAAAGCCAGCGAAGCCUCGGAACACGAUCCCCGAGACCUGGUGUUUGAGACAGACGGCAUUGGUCCCAAUAGAACAUUGAUUGGCCAUCUCGGGCUACGGUCCUCCAACACAGCCCGCGCAGUAGGCGCCACCAGGUCGGCGCCCAAUACUUCUAAAAACACCAAACUGGUCUGGAAGGGCUAUUGGGGUUACAACGAAGUGACUGAUGAGUGGGCCGAGCUGGGCCUUAGGAACGAGCGUGCUUUUGUUUUUAAACGCGUUAGAGGCUGGGGGUUGUAG